AUGGGUAAAUCUAAGAAAAGAUCAAGAGCUUCUCGCUCACGUUUGAAUCCUUUAUCAAAUAAUAACGGAAAUGACAGUAACAACAAUAGAAAGGAUGCAAAUCUCAUAACAAAGAAGAUUGAGCCCUUAUUAAACAAUCUUAAAAGUGCCAUUGCUAAUGACAGAAGUAUGGCAUUAAAUUCAAUCAGUGUCCUAUGUGAAGAUCCACAUCUAAGAGGCUUAUUAUUAAGAGAAAAAUUAAUCCAAAUUAUCUUAUCGAAUCUAUUGAAUGAUGAAAAUACUGAUAUUGUAGUUGAAUCCUUUGGAUUAUUAAGAAAUCUGACUUUAGAAGAGGGUUAUGAUGUUUCAGUUUAUUUAUGGAGAUCUGAUAUUUGGAUUAGUAUUAAAUCAGGUUUUGAAAAAUUAACAACCUCUUUACAUGCAUUGAAUGAAUCAUCGUCAGAUAAUGGGAAAAAUGGGAAAGAAUCAAAGAGACUAUUGUUUGAUUUUGCUGAUAAUUUGUUGUCAUUAAUUGUGGCAUUAUGCAAUGGAUCAAAUGACAUCCUAACACAGAUCCUCACAACAGAUAAAUUACAGGAAUUAUUUGCCGUCAUAAUAGAACUAUUAAAGUUUGGCAUUGAUAAACUACCGAUCCAAUUAUUCAACACAAUCUUAGAUUUAAUUUAUGAUUUAAGCACGGAAUCCUUUGAAUUCAUAGAUGCUAUCACACAAGAUGAUGUAUUAUCUGAAUUUAUAAUGAGCCUCCCUGUUUCCUCUAACACUAUCCAUCCAAAAUCCAAUUCAUUAACUGAGGUCCUUAUUCAGGGGAUAUACUUGCAAUUUCUGGAUAAUAAUGUUACAUAUGAUCAAGGUAGUACCAUGAUCGUAACACUUCAUAAUACAAUAGCAAAACUAAACCUAAAUGAAAUUCAAAAGGAUUUAUCUACCACUUUACAGGAUGAUGAAUUAAGUUCCAUGGAUAAUUCAAAGAUGACCACUAAAAUCAAAGAUUAUGCCAAGAGACGUAGUGCAGCACAAAUGAAGCUGCAAAGUAUUGAAAUUGGUCUUGAUAUUAUUACUGCCACCAUUGAGAUUAUUGCAUCUGUUCAUGAGGCAUCAUCAGGCAAGAUUUCUAUACCCGACAAUUUGAUUCAAUGUCUUGUUGAUAUGGUUCCUGAAUUGUUUAUUGAAUUAUUUGAUGUAUGCACAGCUAGAUGUUUAAUUGGUUGGAAUAAUUUGCUGUGGCUAUUUCUUGGAGUUGGCUUUAACUUCUUUGAAUUAAAAUCUAAAGAUAACGGUAGAACUAUGUAUAAAUCACUUUGGGACCGUACCACAGCAUUAAAUGAUGAUGAGUACGAUAAUGGGAAAGACUUAGGCGUAUUAAUUGGGAAAUAUAGUGUCAUUUGGGUGCUACUAAAGAUAACUUCUACCAUGCAAGAAACUCCGUUGAAUUUCCUCAAGGAAUUUGGUAUCUUAAAUAACGUGAACUUUGUUAACCAACUGAUAGAGAAGUUUAAUAAAUGGGAUGAUGUGGAAUUAAAACAGAGACUAGCUGGUAUCCUAAGUUGUCUCGGUUCAUUUCAAGGACAGGAUCUACAACUUAAUGAAAUCAUUGGGAAGUUCUUUUUGGAACAAUGUUGUAAUGACAAGGUACCAAUCUCUGUCGUGAAUGAUUUAUUAAAUUUCAUCUUUGAAAUGUACUGUGAUGGUAAUUUUGAUUACGAUGGCCCUGUUUUCGUUAAUAAUGAAUUUGCUUCAAUAUUGAAAGAGAAAGUUGCUCCUACUGUCAAAGACAGAUUCAAAUUUGUAGAUAAGAACAAAGAACCUGAGUUGAAGGAGAGAUGUAAUGAGACUUUCAAUACAUUGAACAGUUUUAUUCAGUAUAAAGAAACAGAAAAAUCUUAA